AUGCUCCUUCACGCCCUCCCUCCCACGACCCUCUGCUCCCAUCCACACCCUUCAUCCCACGCCACUCCACGCCCUCCCUUCCACACCAUCCAUCCCACGCCUCUCCACACCUUCUCUUCCACAUCCUCACUUCCACGCCCCUCCAUGUCCAUCCACACUCGUCCACACCCUAUCACACCCUCUCUUGACGCCCAUCCACACACCUUCCCUCCACACACACUAACCCACACCCUUGUACACAUUCUUUCCACGCCCACCAAUCCACGCCCUUCUUACACUCCCUCCCACCUACGCUCUCCCCCCCACACCCUCCCACGCAUCUUCUCCACGCCCUCACAACACCACUCGUGUAUUACUAAUGAACGCCUCUGA